UAGGGACAGGAGCAGGUUUCCAACCACCAUCAUUCACACCUGAGAGCACUCAGACUCUGUAGCCUGCCAUUUUGAAGAACAGCACAAUUUCUUCUUGACUUGAUAAUAUAAUACACGCAGAGAGAGAGAAGGAAAGCAUCCAAGUUUGUAAUUGUGGGACACCAUGUGGGACGUUACAAAAGUGUCACUACUCCUGUCUUUCCUGGUGGCAGUGGCAGCGGCUCAAGGUAUGAGGACACGAGGUCAGAUAGACAGGAGCAGGAAGCUGGCCUACAACAUGCUUACUGAGCCACAGCAGACCACAGGCGUGACUGAAUGGACGUCCUGGUUCAACAUCGACCAUCCAGGGGGGAAUGGAGACUACGAGCGGUUAGAGGCCAUCCAGUUCUACUACAGGGAGAGGGUGUGUACCCGGCCGGUGGCCAUGGAGGCCCGCACCACGGACUGGGUGGCAGCAGCAGAGACUGGGGAGGUGACUCAUUCCAGCCUGGAGAAGGGCUUCUGGUGCAUCAACAAGGAGCAGGCCUACGGACGCAUCUGCUCCAACUACUACGUCCGCUUCCAGUGCCCACCAGUUCAGGCCUACUGGAUGGACUGGUCUGCCUGGGGCCCCUGCUCUGCUACAGCCUGUAAUGACGUGGGCAUUCAGGUCCGUCAGAGGAAGUGUAUGAGCAUCCAGCCCAUGCCCUUGCUACUGGUUCCACCAUGCCAGGGGCCCCAGACAGAGAGGAGGGAGUGUGCCACCCUGCCAUGUGAAGCCAAGUGGACUCAGUGGGGUACGUGGGGAGCAUGCCCAGUGACCUGCGGCAAGGGUCGCAGGAUCAGAAGGAGGACCUGUGUGAGAACCUCUAUAACAGUGCAGUGUGUUGGUCGAGCAGCUGAAAUCCAGAAAUGUGGGAAAAAUCCAUGCCCACCCAAAUGUAAGCGUGAGUGUCCCGAUGGCCGUCCCAGUGAAGACUGUAGCCGCUGUGUGUGUGUGGGCCACAUGCUCCAAGGAGAGGUACUCAGUAUGACCGGUGUCCCCGUGAUGGGGGCCAGGAUAGCGCUGGCCAGCAGACCCAAGAUCAUCCGUACCCGCACUGACGCCAAAGGCCUCUUCAGGCUCCCAGGGGUCUGCUCCAGCUCCCCCAGCCAGCUCUACAUCAGGAAGGAGAAGUUUGCCCCGGCCACUGCAUCCACCUCCAGCAACAGCAGCGGGUCAUCCUGGGUACGGGCAGUUCUAAAGUACGCAGAGAAGCCAUACAUUGUAAAGCACCCAGAGGACAAAGUGCGCUAUGAGGGACAGCGUGUGAUGUUAUGCUGCAAGGCAGCAGGGGCGCCCAUGCCAGACAAGUACUACUGGUAUCACAAUAGGACCCUAUUGGACCGGAACGUGUUCAAAUAUGAAGAGGAUCUGGUGCUGAGAGACCUGAAGCCUGAGCAGACAGGACAUUACUACUGUAAAGCCAGCAGCCAAACAGGAAGCAUCAAGUCCUCACAGGCAUUCCUCAGCGUUAUCGCUAAAGGCACGCCGGCAUGCAACCCCACACCUAAGAACCACCUCAUUAGGCUGCCCAUGGACUGUGUUCAGCCUGGGACUGACUCUAAGCUCUACAACGCUGGCCGCUGCACCCACAACAAGUGUGUAGGCUCCCUGGACUUCGACCUGCGCUGCAGGGAUGGAGGUGGCUACUGCUGUGGGGUCCAAAAGAUGGAGAGCCGGGUGAUCAACUGUGGGAGCUACAGCCUACCCAUCAAAGCUGUGACUGAGUGUGGCUGUCUGAAGUGUGUGGUGCCCAAGGUGCUUGUGCGUGGCAGGGUGGUCACAGUUGACAACAAUGAACCACUGCGUUUCGGGCACAUGUACGUUGGCAAGGAGAGAGUGGGCACCACAGGGUACAAAGGAGGUUUCACGCUCAAUAUAACCCCAGACACAGAGAGGCUAGUGGUCAACUUUGUGGAUCCCACAGAAAAAUUCAUUGACACUCCUAAGGUGUUUAUCUUUGACAAGAGAGGGGGCUCUGUUUACCAUGACGUGAAGGUGAUGAGAAAGCAGGAACCUAUUGAUAUCAAUGCUGGAGAGACAAAUACCAUUGACUUAGGAGAAAUCAAAGGAGAGGACCCCAUUGGACAGAUUGUCAUACCUCCAAAUUCUUUCCACAAAAACAAUGGGGAGGUGUACGAAGGUACGGUGAAAGCCAGUGUCACCUUCAUUGACCCCAGGAACAUCACCACAGCUGCUGCAGCGCCUGGUGAUCUCAACUUUGUGGACGAUGAGGGUGACAUGCUUCCACUGAGGACAUAUGGAAUGUUUUCCGUUGACUUCAGAGAUGAGAUGAACCAGGAAGUCCUAGGGGCUGGAGCGGUACAAGUACUCCUAGACACACAGCACGUCAAAAUGCACGAACAUAUUCCCAAAAUGAAACUGUGGUCCCUCAACCCAGACACAGGUGUCUGGGAGGAGGAGAGUGAUUUUCACUACACUCAGACCACAUCGGGUGGUAAUGGACGGCGCAAGCGAGAGGAGCGCACUUUCCUCAUAGGUAAUAUGGAAAUCAGGGAGCGCCGACUUUUCAACCUGGAUGUGCCUGAGAACCGCCGCUGCUACGUCAAAGUGAGGGCGUACAUGAGUGACAAAUUUCUGGCCACUGAGCAGUUGGAAGGUGUGGUCAUCAGCCUGAUAAACCUGGAGCCCAAGCCUGGCUUCUCCUCUAACCCCAGAGCAUGGGGUCGCUUUGACAGUGUGAUAACUGGACACAACGGCGCCUGCCUGCCAGCCUUCUGUGAUGCUCAGGUGCCUGAUGCUUACACAGCUUACGUCACAGGCAUUAUGGGUGGUGAAGAACUGGAAGCAGCUCCCUCAACCCCCAAGAUGAACCCAAACAUCAUUGGAGUGUCUCAGCCAUAUUUAGACAAGAUAGACUACCAGCGUUCAGACCACAACGAUCCAGCUCUUAAGAAAACAGCCUUCAGAAUCAACUUGGCAAAACCCAACCCCAAUAAUUUGGAAGAGACCAACGGGCCAAUAUACCCCUAUCAGAGUUUAAUAUCCUGUGAAAAUGCUGAAGUCAAUGCCAACCAUUUCCGAUUCUUCAGAGUGGAAAAGGACAAAUACGAAUAUAACGUUGUGCCCUUUCAAGAGAACGACUUAACAUCGUGGACAGGUGACUACCUCUCUUGGUGGCCCAACCCUCAAGAGUUCAGGGCUUGCUUCAUCAAGGUCAAGAUCCAGGGGCAAAGGGAGGUUAUGAUAAGGUCACAGAACCAUGGAGGCACCCAUCCUGAGACUGCAGGCCAGCUGUACGGCAUCAGAGACAUCCGCAGUACCCGCGACAUGCACGUGGCCAACAUCUCAGCAGCUUGCCUUGAGUUCAAGUGCAGUGGUAUGCUCUUCGACCAAGCCGCAGUCGAUAGGUCCCUCAUAUCAGUCCUCCCACAGGGCAACUGUCGGAGAGUGGGCAUCAACAGCCUCUUAAAGGAGUACCUGACCAAGCACCCCCCUACCUCACCGAACAACGAGUCCCAUGCCUUCAACAUGCUGGCCCCCGUCGACCCCUUGGGGCACAACUAUGGCAUCUACACAGUCACGGACCAGAACCCAAGGGUGGCAAAAGAGAUCGCCAUUGGACGCUGUUUUGACGGUACCUCUGACGGCUUCUCCAGAGAGAUGAAGUCAGACACUGGGGUUGCUCUGACCUUCAGCUGCCCAGAGAGGACUUUAACCAGGGAGAGUCUCUUCCAACGCCUCCAGACAAACCCCAGCCAGACCCUGUCUCAGAUGGCAAGGGACAUGAGGGAGGCGCAGGGGCUGCAGGUCCGAGGAAGGUCCUCCCGGGUAGUGACCUACCCCUCUGAAUCCACGAGCCGCAGAUCCAGCUUCUCUAGCAGGAGGAGAUCUACGAUGCGGACACAGGACCGGCAGUAGAUCUGCCGUUAAGUCUUUGGGUUAGAAAUGAAGAUGACUUACUCUCACAAACAAAAGAAGGAAAUGUCAAGUUGUGUCAGCCUGGUGAUGUUGGAUGUGAACUUUCUCUGAACACAGUACGGUAAUCUAUUGAAACAGUAACCACUCCAGCAAAACCACACAGGAGAGAGAAAUUAAGACUUUUUUUCUCUGAAACUUACUGGAAGGCUUUGGCAAUACAUAUCAGUAUUAAUUGUAUUCCUUGAGAAGAAAUAAAUUUAUUUAGCUUUCAUCAGUCCAGUAAAGCAAAGGAUAUUUAUUUAAUUGGCAUUAAUAGGAUUUUAAGACGGAAACCAAUUUCCGAGAAAUAUUUGGAUUUAUCGCGUUCCACAUUAACCAUCGUUAACCAACCCUCUUUUCUGAUAUCUCUGAUCGCUUGAGUUAUAACCAACUGCAACUGUAAAUGCCAGUCAAAAUGAUAAACACUUCAUAAUCAGUCAACGCUUUCCAAGAUCAAAGGAACAUGAGGUCCUAGUGAUCUAGUUUGUCUGUUUGUAACAGACAGUGGGCCCCUUUUCUAGAAACCAGGAAGUAUUUUCUGUCAAAAAGAGGCAUUAUUUAAGAAGAUGCAAUGGGGUGCAAGGAGUUAUCGAGUUUGUGGAACAGAGGACGCUUCUUAGUGCGCUUGUUUCUUGCGUUUUUCUCUCCAAAUAAGUAUGUCACAUUUCCAACUGAGAUCCAGACCUUUACUCUAACCUGAAUACAACAUACAACAUGCACCAGGCCCCAGCCAACACAAGCGUCCCUUAUCAAAACGCAUCUCAGCAAGUUGACUGAACAGAGCCUGCUGUAGGGGACCUGGGAGAGAGAGGAGAUUGUGGGGGAUGACACAAUUCCCUUCAGUCCUCAGUUCCCACAAAGUCCCCAAGUACUCAUCCAACACACCUCUCUGUCUGUUCUUCAACAUCCCCCCAACAUUACUGUCAGGAAUGUAAAAAAACUAAAACAAAUCAACAUCAAAGAAGAAACCCUAUUUAUACAUUGCAGAUAAUUAGCUAGGUUAGUUCCAAGACUAAAUUGACUGUAUUGUUGUUAAAUUAUGGAGUGUCUGUCUUUGUCUCAUCAAGUGCAAUAGCUAUGUUCUAUUUUGACCUGAGAGCCCUUGCAAAUCAUCACGUGACAAGCCAAUUAUAUACUGCAACAGGUACUGCUGGUAAAUAGGGUAAAUCCUUCAGUAAGUUUGGCUGUGGUAUACCGAGUGUAUUUGUAAGGGAGCUUGAACAGGAUUCAAUUGCUUUUUGAAUUACAGUGUAUAACAAUCAUUUAAAUGUUAGGCUCUGGAUAAGAGCGUCUGCUAAAUGACUUAAAUGUAAUGUAAAUGUAAUCAUUUUACACUGUCAGUACCACAUAUAUUUCUGAUAUUUCUGCAAUCUGCUCCCAUUAUAUGUUUUCAUAUCUUGCUGCAUGACGCAUUAACUUUUAGCAAGAAAUGUACAAUCAUAUUUUCAGUUUAGAGAACACAGUCCCUUUCCAGAGGGACACAUUUAUCUCAAUGGUACUAUUUCCCCAUAGCUACUAAACAACAACUUAUUAAUAUAGUUAACUUGCAGACAGACCUCUGAUUAUUACAGGACCAAUUCCACAAAUUUGUUUCCCAAUGGGAAAAUAGGCUCUGGGCGAAUGAAGUUUUAUUUAAACAGUCCUUCAGAAGAACCAAUUAUGAGCAUGUCGUCUUUCUACCCCUCACUGAGUAUGAGUUUUAGAGGUUCUCCAGUGCUUGGGCAUUAGAGUAGAAAGUGGGAAGACAUUCAAAAAGGACCAUUUAAUUGGAUUCAGUAAUGGUAGGAAAGUUCCCCAUUGAUAGUAGGUCCACACUUGUUUAUCUAUGUAGUGGGUGGCUGUGGGUCCCUUCAGACUGCUGGAGAGCGCCUAGAGCUGAACUAAUCCAAACCCAAAUGAGUGUCUGUAGAACACGGAGGAAGCAAACAUGGCUGGCUCGUAGUUAUCAGCCCAGCUGUAAAUUAGGAAAUACAUUACAGAUACUCUUGAGGGCACUUUGAAGAGAUUAACUUGUCUAGCCCACAUUCCACUGAAAAGGCAGCGCGUGCGAAAUUCAAAAAUAAAUUUUUUAAAUAUUUUACUUUCACACAUUAACAAGUCCAAUACAGCAAAUGAAAGAUAAACAUCUUGUGAAUCCAGCCAACAUGUCCGAUUUUUUUAAAUGUUUUACAGCCAAAUACACCAAAUACAAAAAAGCACAGACAUUUCUUUCACAGCACAGGUAGCUUGCACAAAACCCCCAAAUAGAGAUAGAAUUAGUCACUAACCUUUGAAAUUCUUCAUCAGAUGAGUCAUAUAACAUCAUGUUAUACAAUACAUUUAUGUUUUGUUCGAUAAUGUGCAUAUAUAUAUAUAAAAAAAUCUCAGUUUACAUUGGCGCGUUACAUGCAGUAAUGUUUUGAUUCAAAACAUCUGGUGAUUUUGCAGAAAUACUCAUAAUAAACAUUGAUAAAAGAUGCAAGUGUUAUUCACAUAAUUAAAGAUAAACUUAUCCUCUAUGCAACCGCUGUGUCAGAUUUCAAAAUAAACUUUACGGUAAAAAAUUUAUCUGAGAAUGGCGUUUUAGAGCACAAUCCAGCCAAAGAAAUAAUCGCCAUUUUGGUGUCAACAAAAGCUACAAAAACACUAUAAAUAUGCACUUACCUUCGAAUAACUUCAUCAGAAGGCACUCCCAGGAUUCCCAGAUCGACAAUAAAUGACUGAAAAGUUCCAUAAAGCCCAUCAUUUAGCCACUUGUUGUUAGCAUGUUCAUCCCAGGAAUCCAUUUCAUGACGCACGAACAAUCCAUCCAGACAAAAACUCAAAAAGUUCCGUUACAGGUCGUAGAAACAGGUCAAAUGAUGUUUGCAAUCCAUAUUUAGUAUGUGUUUUACAUUAAUCAUCAAUAAGGAUCCAACCGGAGAAUUUCAUUGUCUGAAGAAAGAGCAUUGGAACGAGAGCUCUCUCUCUCCCUCGCGCGCAAAUCCUGACUGAGAAUUCUGACGACCACUCACUAGAACAGCUCCUAUGAGCCCCUCCUUUAUAGUAGAAUAAUAAGACUAAAAUCUAAAGACAACGACAUCUAGUGGAAGACCUAGGCAGUGUUUUUUCGGUCAUAUCUAGACGGGGUACCAUUUGACACUGUUUUGAAAAUCGACUUCUCAUUUCCUGUUUUGACCUCUUCUCAGGUUUUUGUCUGCCAAAUGAGUUCUGUUAUACUUACAGAAAUAAUUCAAACAGUUUUAGAAACUGCAGAGUGUUUUCUAUACAAUAGUUUUAAUAAUAUGCAUGUAUUACCUUCUGGGACAGAGUAGGAGGAAAUUUCGUUUGGGCACGCAAUUUGUUCAAAGUGGAAACACUGCCCCCUAUCCCUAUGAAGUUUUAACCGAGACUGUCACAAACAACCAAACAAGUUGAUUUCCACGCAGCAUGUGGAUAUCAUUUAGGCACAAGAGAGGUCUGUGGUCGGGUACGUUCAACAUUUAAACGACCAUACCUUUAAAUUGGCUCAAUUUUCGAGGUGUUUUCUUAAAUGUCAGUCAGCAAAACCUCAGGGAACUAAGUAAAUUGAAACCAUUGCAUUUUAUUGUACAGUCUAUUGUACAAAAAAAUGGUUUAGAUUUUGCACUCAACCUGAAGCUAGCAACAGCCCAAAAUAUAUCUUAUAAAAUAGAUACUCAAGAUCAAAUAGAUUAUACAAGUAUAUUGUACAGUGUACAGCCCUCUAGUCAAUAUCAAUGACCUCUACCAUCAUGGGCAUGUUAAACCCUCUUAGAAUGGACAGUCCAGCAGUUCAUUAAAAUAAACCAAUCAGCUUAUUUGGAGCAGAUUGUUGCAUCCAGGCUAUGAGUAAGAUGAUGGUAAUUGGGUCCACGUGUGGAGAAGAUAACUCUCAUUAACCGUAGGGUGUGAGGUGAGAGAGAGGGGCCACAGCAACAACUGUUCAACAACUGGAGGACUUGCAACACCAAAGAGGAGUCACUUGUGGGAGAAGGGUGAGAUUAUCUUGUGAUGGAAUUGAAUAAUUAGAGAAAGCUGUUGUAGAGAAAAAGGGGGGAAAAGUGGUCUUUGGCCUCACUGUCCAUCACUUAUCUGAAGCUGAAGUCGUCACUUAUGGAAGUAGGCUAUUUAAAGUAAACGUGCACUGAUAAGUUGACUGGUAGAUGUUUCAUGAAGAGGCUUUGGGGGAGGUUGAGAGACAGAGUAAGUCUAAUUGCCAAUGUUACAUAACACAUUGUGUGAGAAAAAUAGUAAGGACUAUCCGAACAGUCUCUGAUCAGUUUCCAGUUUCCUGAUUCAUUAGCUUUAAGAGGAGAGAGGAAUGGAAGAGAGUUUCCCAUUCAAAUGUAGAAACAUGCCGAUUUUGUGGGAAAAAAAUAUCAAACAGAAAACAGAGUGCAAAGAUUGCCUUAUAAUACAGAAGAAAUAGUCAAAUGACAUGAUCCCCUCGAUUCCAGACAGUUUCAGGUUCUAAAAGUUCCCAGAAAGGUUUAUGCUUCACAUUUCACAUAAUAAGUGAUAAAUGACCAUUUUUUAAAAAUCACUUAGUUUUCGCUACUUCUCCAUGGUAAUUCAGUCGUCUCGUAUUCCCACUUGUCCUGUAGAAUGUUGAGGUACUAGGGCUUGUAGACUGACUGACACUAUACAGCCCUGCCUUGGCUUCAGGUUGAUUUCUGAGUGUACCUGUGCCACCAGCAUGAUGCAUGCAUCUGUCCUCUCCUGUACAGUCUGGCUGCUCUCAGGGAGACUGUAACUUAUUCAGGAAUAUCCUCUGGCGAAGCGAGCGUUGGAUCUUUCCAUAUUGUCUGACCUAUAAAGAGAGACUUGUAUGGUUGCCACUGUGCUCUGGAAGAUGUCUUGGGCUCCCUUAACUGCAUUAUAUAAAUACAUUUCUGAGAAUUCUCUGUUUAAUCAUUACGUGACAUGUACUGCAUGGCGUUGCCCAUUUCUUUUUCUUUUUCAUGUGUAAAUUGUGUAUUGUAUGGAAUUUA